AUGGUUACGUUUCGCAUCCCUGGCCUAGCCCUACUAUUCAUCUUUAAGCGGAUCCUGCAAAGUGCCUGCGUGUCUCCACUACUAAUGCGACGGUUGGGGGAAGAUGUCAGGCAUCCCAAAGGAACUAGCUUGUACCAUAUACUACCCUUUCCAACGGUUGUGGCAGCCGAUGCUAUGGUACACUCUGCCAUAAACUUAGCCGAUGCAUGGGAUGUCUGGGGAGCUUUAGGAAAGCUCCAUGUCGUGGAGCUUUAUCUGAGCGCCAAUAUCACCGGUGGAGAAGGUGGGAUGGCGGAGACCCUGGUUCCUGAGGAGCGGUCUAAUGACUCACCACCGCCUAUGAAUGCCGAGCCAGUGGCUCAAUUCGCGAGGUUGAUGCUUGCACUUGGGAUGUCACACAAACCAUCACCUCGCCUUCGGAGAUUUUAUUCGAGCCCGGUACUGAUUAUGCCUAUUACCCGCCCAAGAUGA